ACGUGCGGUUUGAAUAUAAAAUUAGACUACAAAAAUUAAAGAACAUUUUUUUGUUCUAAGUUUCAACUUAAAUCUCAGUCAAUUGAAUAAACAAAGUGAUGUCCCAUUAUCAACUGUAUUAUUGAUAUAGAGACUCUCCAAUUCACCAAACUAAAAGCCAAAAUGUCUGAUACUUUGAACAAUUUGGCUGAAACCAAUAUUGACGACAUUGAUGCAGAAUUCUCAACCGAUCAUUCAAUUGACCCUCCGAGUGAAACUGCAAAAACGGUGGCAGUUGAACCGAGGUAUCUGACUCCUCUAAAAAGUCCAAACUUGUCCGGAUCUUCAAGUUGCAAAUACGUUGAUGAUUCGGCUACUGGGUAUGAAAGCACAGCUGGAUAUGGAUAUAGUUCGUACGAUGAAUUGAGGAUAGAUGAAUACGUCGAAUAUGUCGAAGACAAAUACGACGAGCCAAUUGAAAUUCCAGGAGGAAACGUACGAGAUAAUAACAUCCCGCAAAAGGAAAAGAAUAGAAAAACUCAAAAACAAUCUAGAAGUCAAGAGAAAACAGAGCAGAAAGGAUUGGAGCGAGAAAAAUGGCCGGUGUUCAAGCUGCCCAAAAUGUAUCCAGUCUCAUUUUUUGUAGGAUCUGCUUUGGCUCUGUUUUUGGUGGUUUCGGCGGCAUUUGGGUUUUCUGUGCUCUUAUCCGGUCUUGAUGAUGAUCUAGUGAAACUAAAGAGUGAUGGAAUUACUCUAAAUUCAUCUUUGAUGAACUUGACUGCUAUGACAAUGAUCGUACCCCAAAAGAUUGAUCAGCUUCGUUUUGAUAUUGCCGCGUCUAACAUCUCUGUCCAGAAAUUGAAGAAUACUUCUGAAGCUCUGACGUCAUCAGUUUCUGACGUGGAUGAUCAGCUGAGAAAAUUGACAUCUUUUCUUCAAAUAACUUCAGCAAAUUUAACAGUUUUGCAAAACGAAUUCGCUUCAAAUACAGAACAACUAACGAGAGUAAAUGGAAUCGUGUCGCAGAUGGAAUACAACUUGACUGAGAUGUUUUUUGAGGUGAACUGUUUAAACGCAACUGUCAUUGCAAAACAAGAAAACACAUCUGUCUCACCUAUUGCCUGCACGCAAUAAGAUACGAUGAAAACUAACCGAUCAAAAACUAAGAUGCUUCUUGACCAGAUGCGGAUCUAAUAUUUUCUCGAGGAAGGGGGGAGGGGCGUUCUUUUGGCAGUUUUUG